CAAAACCUUUUUCAUUACAGAACUAUACGCAGAAAGAUAUAUAUGGCUCAGAGUUUCACCUUUGACAGAGAUGAAAAGCAGGUACUUUUCACUGGAAAUUCUUGUGUGAAGAUAGUGACUUUGAACAGAACCCAGAAGUUAAAUACCCUUAAUUAUGAAAUGAUUUAUCAAAUAAAAAAGAAUUUACAAAUGUGUGAGAAUGACCCUUCCGUGAAACUCGUGAUAUUGAAGGCUAAUGGAAAAGCUUUUUCUGCUGGUGGCGAUGUAGUGUCAGUAAUCAUGUCUUCACUUGCAGGACACUGGAUCUAUGCUUCGAUGUUUUACAAGAAAUUGCUUACUUUAGAGUAUUUUAUAGCGACCUGCAGAAAGCCUUUGGUCUCUCUCAUUAAUGGAUUAGUCAUGGGAGCAGGAGCAGGCCUAUCCAUAAAUACGAUGUUCAGGGUUGUGACUGAAAAAGCUGUAUUUGCGAUGCCAGAGGCAUCCAUUGGACUUUUUCCUGAUGUUGGUGCAUCCUACUUCCUUUCUAGACUACCUGGCUACUUUGGUGAGUACAUUGGACUAACUGGUGCACAGCUAGAUGGAGCAGAAAUGGUAGCAUGCGGUUUAGCCACCCAUUUUGUCCCUUCAGUGAAGAUAAAUACACUAGAAAAUGUGCUACAAACUGUUACUAAUUCGAAUUUACCAAUAGCGGAAGUUAUAGAAACAUUCGCAGAGAAAGCAAAUGUGAAGGAAGACAGCUCAUUCAGAAGAUUGGAGAUUAUAAACAAAUGUUUCUCAAAAGGGACACUGGAGGAAAUUAUUAUAUGCUUGGAAAAGGAAUCAGAAAAUGGAGCAGAAGAGUGGAUAAAAAAUGCAUUAAGUUCCAUGCGAUCGUCUUGUCCCUUGAGCCUCAAAAUAUUUUUGAAAUCAAUUAGAACAGGCCGUGUACAAAAUAUUGAACAAUGCCUUUACCGGGAUUACACCAUUGCUGGCCACUUCCUCAGAAGAACCAUUAGCAAUGAUUUCUAUGAGGGGACAAGAGCAAAGCUGAUUGAUAAAGACAACAAGCCCAAGUGGGAACCUUCAAAGCUAGAGCUGGUUAGCGAAGAAAUGGUAGAUCAGUGCUUCAGGGAUAUCGAUGAGGAGGAAAUGGAUUGUCUGAAACUUCCUGAUAGAUCCAAUUCUCAAAUUGCAAGCAGGUUGUAGAUUGUAGCUAGACACAAGCUUUUGUGUCAGGAGAAUUUUAAAUAAAGAAAAUUGGGUUUGUUAACGUUUAAUUUGAGAAAAUGUUUGUUAUGCGAUGUUAAUGUUUCAAGGCUUGCAAUUAAUAAGUUCCGUUUUAGUCUUCUAUAUAGAAAAAUUGGGUAUUAGCUCUUAUAUAUCUGUUUUAUGCAAGUGUAUCCGGUUUGCUUCUAUAUAUGUAUUUUCUCAAACUAUCAUGCCUCAUCUUUGUCA